AUGUUCCAGUCUUUUACCGGGAGCUCUCGCCGGCCCAGGCAGGUGAAUCUCUCCGGCCGCAACGUCAACCCUUUCGCUUCGUCUCCAGGAUCCAGCCGACAACCCCCGCAUGGACACGGUCCGCAGAAUACACUCGCUAUCGCACAGCAGGAACGAUUAGCCAGACAACUGGAAAGAGAACGGCUUAACUCGGCUCGUCUUUUGCAAAGAACAUGGCGGGGCUACUUGAGCAGAAGAGUGACUCGCAAUGCCUGGAGAGGGGAGUGGGAUAUUAAUGAACAGAACAGAAAUGGCGUGAAAACGGGUUUCGGGGAUGAUGAUGUCGAUCAAAUUCAUAGGGCUGUGGCAUACUCAUCUCUGGACCAGUGUCGGGUGCAACUUAGGUUGCUGUUGCAGUUUUUUGAAGUUCCGAAUGACAGCGAUGCCUUGCGGCUUCUGUAUUUCUUGAAUGCUCUCAGGGAAACAUUUGAAGAAGUGUCUACAAUGGCAGAUGAAGAGGGAUGGACGUUGCUUCUUGCCCGCCUAGCGAAGAUUACGUUAAGGCUUACGCUGAAGCUGGCAUCUCCGACCAGGCACUCUCACCUACCCGGUGACUUGCUUCUUCGAUCACUCUGCUUUCUGAUCGAUCUCAUCCCGAGACAAAUGGCUAGACUUGCCGAAGAAUACUAUACUGUGAUGGCGGCGUUGACUACAGACGUUCACGGGCUAUCGAAGAAACUGGGAUUUUCGGUCGAUCAGCUGGUUACCACUACCCUCGCACUGCUACAGCCCAUCACGGCAGAUACAUCAGACGCGUAUGAAUGGUUUGCUCGCAAGUACCUUACUGUCCCGGAUCUCGGACGUUACAUUGGUCGGCUAGAUGCCAUAACUUUCAAAAUCAAUUAUAGACUCUUGGCGAAAUCACUCGACUCAUACCCCCAAGGCACAAUAGGGAAAGAACUUAGCAAUGAUGAGUUAGAAUCUCGUAUAUGGCUCUUGGCGUAUUUCAUAUUCUUCCGUCGGUCUGCAGUCAGCGGAAGCUCAGUGGAAGAAGCUCCAGAGCCUGAAUUCGUCAAAGUGAUCUCUAACCUCUUGAACUCGGUCACUUCAUAUUUGUCAAGGCGAAUAGAACCGGAUGAUUCUCUAGAUACCGAUGAACCGCAACAACCGCCCCUGCACCCCUUUAUUGAAGAACAAAUCAACAGUCUUGUGAAUCAGAGUAGCAUUACAGGUCUUCUGUACAAAGUACGGCCUACCGAAAUGCAAAAUGGUCCUGAUGAGGCGGGUUCUUUCGUAUCAGAAGAUGCAAAAGCUUUGGCUUCAUACGCUUUGACCCUUCUGAGGGUUUUCCCUCGACGUGGAGACGAUAUUCGCAUGUGGCUCUACUUAGGAUCUACCUCUUCAGGUCCGUCGACGUCGCAACCCGCCCUUAGAAUUCCAGCUAUCAAAUACUUCUGGAAAAUGAGCAACGCAACAGAGGUAUUCGCCAAGAUCAGUAGUGAUUCAAAUGGAGUCCUUCCACUGCUACGCCCGCCAUCCGGAGACGCGACAAGUCGAGUACAACGCGAUCAGGAUUGGACAAUCAUCUUAUUAUUUUUGGAGCUCUAUACCUUCUUGUUGAAGGUCAUGGAUGAUGAAGAGUUCUUUUCCAGUGAUUCGGUAUUAACAAGCAUGGACACGAAAGCCUCCUGGACGCGGGAAAGUGCGUUGUUAUUGAAAGACGUGAAAUCCUUGACGAUCUUCCUCAAGAAUCUAGGUUUUACAUUGUACUGGAACGCGGCCGAUCUCAACGAGACACAAGAUACUGAAAGUACUGGUAGUAUUAUGAAGUACUUUUCUCCCAGUAACCAAAAGGAACCUCUACCGAGUGUACGAGAGUUGGAACAAAGGAACAAGGAAAAGGGCUUACCUGGAGUCACCGGGAUCCCACUUGAUUACUUUAGAGGCCUGGUUACUGGGCUCCUGAGAAUGAUACAUGAGCGGGAUUCUCGUCGUAAAUUCCUUCCAGAGGGUCACUGGCUGAUGACAUCGCGCUUUGAUAUGGAAGGAUUUAUUUCAGCAGUCGUUGCCGAGGAAGAAAACCGCCACCAGCUUCAAGAUGAUGAGGAGACCGAGGAUAAUAACUAUCUGGAUGAUAUGCCUUCUCAGUCACUUGGAAUAAUCGGCACAGGGCGAGCGCAACAGGCGCGACGUAUUGAAGCUUUCCGGCGCCAUCAGCAACAAGCAGUUCGCCGAAAGCAAUUGGAAGCACUUGCGCCAAGACUCGAGAUUUUGAGGCACAUGCCAUUCUUCAUUCCGUUUGCUACACGAGUUCAAAUAUUCCGAGAGUUCAUCUACCGCGAUCAGAUGCGACGACGACAAGGCUUCAUUGAUCCUGAUUCUUGGCGCAUGUCGGUCUCUGCUGCGUCUAUGGGUCGAUUACUUGACGGAAAUGCCGCGGCAAGAGAUAUACUCAGUCGCCAUCAUGCAAGCAUUCACCGGGAUAGUGUUUUUGACGACGCAUUUGAGCAAUUCUACGACCUGGGGGAAGGUCUCAAAGAGCCGAUUCAGAUUAGCUUUAUCGAUAAGUUCGGUGCGACGGAGGCCGGAAUCGAUGGAGGUGGAGUUACCAAAGAAUUUCUGACUAGUAUUACGAAUGAAGCAUUUAUGCCGUCCAACGGCCUUGAUCUUUUUGUCGAAAAUGAUCAGAAUCUACUUUACCCCAAUCCUGUGGCAGUGGAGCAACGCAAAGAAGUCUUACGGCAGAUGGGCUGCAAGGAAGGCAGUCCUGAAUUUGUGGAUGGCGUGCGAGAUCUACUCAAGCGCUAUGAAUUUCUGGGCCGCGUGAUUGGAAAGUGUCUUUACGAAGGCAUCCUUGUUGAUGUUCAUUUUGCGGGAUUCUUUCUUCUCAAGUGGGCCUUGACGGGGGGUUCAACGUCUGCUCGGAGGGAAUCAGCGUAUAGGGCUAACUUGAACGAUCUCAGGGACCUGGAUGAGGGAUUAUAUCAAGGGCUGCUUCAAUUGAAAAAUUACCCUGGUGACGUUGAAGACUUUGCCUUGAAUUUCACCGUCACGGAUACGAUUCCUGUCCCUGGGUCGAAACCUCGUAUCAUCACGAAAGAAUUGAAGCCUGGUGGCGCUAACAUUUCCGUUACUAACCAGAAUCGGCUCGUCUACAUAUCCUACAUUGCUCGUCAUAGGCUUCAGAACCAACCUGCCCCCCAGACAAACGCCUUCCUCAAGGGCCUUGGUGACAUAAUCCAACCCUCAUGGCUAUCUAUGUUUAACCAGUCAGAACUACAGACACUCGUCGGCGGUGAUGCUGGCGAAAUCGACGUGGCUGAUCUGAGACGCAACACGCUGUAUGGUGGAGUAUACACUAUUGGUGACGACAACCAGGAACAUCCGACCAUCCAACUUUUCUGGCAAGUCAUGCAAGAGUUGUCUAAUGAGGAUCGUCAGAAGGUAUUGAAAUUCGUGACUUCGACUCCACGGGCACCCCUGCUAGGAUUCAGCCAUCUGAAUCCCCGCUUCAGCAUUCGAGAUUCCAGUGACGACCAAGAUAGACUACCCAGUACGAGUACUUGUGUGAACUUAUUGAAACUUCCGCGUUACUCCAGUGCCGAAGUCUUGCGGCAGAAACUCCUAUAUGCUGUCAAUUCUGGUGCUGGGUUCGAUUUGAGUUGAGGUUUUUUCUUCUAUUGUUGUCAGCUCAUGACCGAAAUGCUUCAGAUCAUUUGUUGCAUAGCUUUGGCGCAUGAUAUAUCCCGCUUCUGUGUUUCAUAUUUAAUUUAUGCGAUCCAUCACCUUAUGAUUCUUGUAAGAAUUUUAGAG